UAACUUCGUGGCGACAACGUCUACCUAUGAAUUUAAUCAUAAUACUUUUCUCAUUAAACCAACCUUAUUGACUUCAAUUGUUCAUGCUGGCAGAAAAAUAUGACUCCAUUAAAAUGUGUUCAUUUAAAUUCAGUUACAAGAUUCAUUCUAAUAACAAUAUUGGUUUCCAUAUUCAGUCAAUCAUUUGAUUGUAAACCAACAAAUUCUGUGACAAUUCUGACCUCGGAACAAGGGAACAUCAGUCAGCCAAUUGACAAUGGCACCAGACCUCAAAUUCAUUAUAAUUACACAACUGAAUGUACUUCGGGUACGUGUAUUACGACCCCAGUAAUAGCUAAUGAUAAACCUUCAAUAAACAACGAUACCAACAGUCAAGAUCGUGAGCGCGCAGUUCAUCCACCUGACGAAGCAUUGUAUACAAAGAAUGGCAAUCCGAUCGCUUCUAAUUCAUCAAUAGUUGAGAGUAUAAAAGCCGAAGUGAGAGGUUCACUUUCAUCACCAACAACCAAUAGCACGCUUAUACAUCCUGAUACAUCCAAUCCAUCAGAUCAGAAAAAUCAAACCGUCUCUGCAUCAUCAUUGGGUAUCAGUGAAAGCGAAACAGUCAAUGAAAAUAACAAUUUUACACUAAGUUACUUUGUAGUAUUAGGACCUGAUUAAAUUCUGACAUAAUCUAACAGCCCUGAUAUAUCCAGUCCAUCAGAUUAGCAAAAUCAAACCAUCUCUGUAUCAUAAUUGAGUAACAGUAAAAACGAAACAUUCAAUGAAAAUAACAAUUUUACAAUAAAUCCAACCCAACAACAUCUGCAUCUACAACAAUGGAACCUCUAAUAACUCCAGAACCGAACCGAAAUUUGACACAGUUACACCCAAAUGAAGUAGAGACGAGACAAGAAAACUCAACAAUUCAGCCUGAAAUUAGCACCACAACAAAUUUUGAAGAAGAUCCGUCAAAUGAUCCAAACCCUGAUUUAUAAGAUCAGAAAGUCAAACCACCGAUGCUGUAUCUUCGUCAUCAUUGAGGACCAACUAAACUGAACUAAACCAUACAAAAUCUUGUAAGCAUUAUUUUCAAAAGUUAUAGUUACCAAAGAAAGUAAACAAUUUGCCAAUUGUGAACAAUUCUGAUUGACUCUAACAAUUGUCUUAUUGUUUUGUUUUUGCAACUUUUAUUAAAAAUUAAACAAAUCAUUAAUAUUCUGAUAAAAUGUAACAAUGUAAAUCUUUCAACCCUUUGCUAUGGAGGCUUAACUUUUCAAACUGGGAUUCAAUUUGGUCUUUGUUCAAAUUGCCUUCAAUCAUUAUGAAUCCACUGUAAUAAUUCAUUUGUUUUCAUUUUGUUACUCAUAAGCCUAACAAAUUGUGAUUUAAAAUGAAAAACAAUUGAAAACAAGGUCAAGUAUGAUCUAAAUUGAUGAAGAUAGAAACAGAUUUAAUUGUAAAAGUAAGACCGUAAAUUUUUUCCCCAUUACUAUUGAUUAAACAAUCAAAAAUCGAAUCAUUAGUUGUUUUUAUAUUUGUUGAUAGGGUUGAAUGAGCAAACAGCUAUGUAAACUGUUUUGGUAGCAACUUGUACCCGGUUUUUGUGCAGUUUAUUCCAAUCAGUUAAAUCACUCCAUUCUCAUCGAUUAAAGAGAAAAGGUUUAAAUUAAUUUAUUUUGAAGAUUGUGAUCUAAAUGAACAAUCAAAUUAAAAAAAUGAAAGAAACAGUUUUAUUCCAAGUUGCUUCACGGUAUCCCCUGGUUUGAAAUUAAUAACAGUUAAAUUAGCAAGUAGGGUUAACACCUUUCUUGAGAGUUUAAAUGUUUAUUUGGAAUAUUGACAUUUUUAAAUCAUGACUCAAAUUUAUUUUAUUCAAGUGAAAAGAGUCAAUAACAAACAAACCACAGUUGAAGCAACAGCAAUCAAUCAAUAUUAGUCAACAAUGGUUUCCAAUAUUCAGUUCAUUACCAUUUUCAUGGUAAGCCUAUUUUUCCAGCCUUCACUACAAUAUUGUCCAACACUUUAUCCACCGCCUUAUGGAUACUUCAUUCGUCCCUGUGGUAAUUCAUUAGGAGAUAAUUGCAACAUUGAUUGUGAGAUAGGUUUCGAUAUUGUUGGACCAUCUUACAGAGUUUGUAGGCCCAAUGGAACCUGGUCUGGAACAGAUACAAUUUGUGUUCGUCCAUCAAUUGAAUGUCCAAUGUUGCGGAUAACCUCGUCUGGUUUAACAGUUCAAGGCUGUCAAAAUUUCGCCGGCGGUAUUUGUUCAUUCCAAUGUUCGUCUGGACUAAUCUUACAAGGGGAGAGUAAAAUCUACUGUAGAACUGACGGAACUUGGUCAGGUGGAAUACCGAUGUGUCAACGAAGUUCAUGUCCACCUCCACCACCAGCACCAAUGUAUGGAUCAUAUGCCAAUGGAAUCAACUCAUGUCCACAAGUGAUUGGUUCCCUUUGUACAUAUCAGUGUAAUCCAGGUUAUGCUCUCACUGGAUCAUCUCAAAUUCAGUGUACACCAGAUGGUCAAUGGUCAGGUUCAGCGCCUACAUGUACACCUAGUGUACCCUCUGCUCGUCUUGCCUCGUGUCCUCCUCUUUAUCCACCGGCUAAUGGGUCCAUUUCUGGCAGUUGUGGUCCAUCAGUCAGUGUUGAUGAUACUUGUCGAUUUGCUUGUCAAUCUAGUUUCCUUCUUAGUGGAUCAUCACUGUUAACUUGCCAAUCCAAUGGACAAUGGUCAUCACCUCCUCCUCGUUGUAUUGACUCAUUUUGUCCACCUGUAAAUCCUUCUUUAUCUACUUCAAAUAUUUAUGCCACUGGACAAUGUAAUCCUGGUUUACCUGGUCACAUGUGUAAUUUUGCUUGUCCAAGAGGAUCUCAGUUACUUGGAUCACCUCAAUUAUUGUGCCAAUCUGAUGGUACUUGGAAUACUGCUGUCCCUUCGUGUCGAAAGCCUAAUUGUUUUAAUCUUUCUGCUCCUCUUAAUGGGCAAUUAGCUGGCUCCUGUAGUCCUGGCGUUUUUGGUCAGUCUUGUGAUUUCUUUUGUAAUCCUGGUUAUUCACUAGUUGGUUCUGGUAAAUUAACGUGUGAAGCAAAUGGACAAUGGUCCUCAACGCCUCCAACUUGUGUAAUUAAUGGAUGCUCUGAUCUUCAGGUACCUCUUGGUGGUAUAUUUAGAUCAACAGCAACAUCGGGUAAUUGUCCUGGGUGUCCAAACACUUGUUCAGGUCAACCUGGAGCCAUUUGUACUCUUUUAUGUGGCCGUGGAUUCAGAUUGUCAUCAAAAAAUGGUGGAUCAACAACAAUGUGUAAUCCAGCAACAUUGAGAUGGGAACCAGAGCCAGCAACUUGCAUCCGUGAACGAUAUGUGCCAUCAUCGUCAUCCGCUUUAAUAUCAUUAACAUCAACAUCAUCAAAAACAUCUUUAACAAAAGCCUCUCCAUCAAAAGUAUCAUCUUAAUUAUUGCUUUUACAAUUUUCAUCUUUUUUACG